AUGGAAGAGAAGCUGAGAUCAGCCAUCGGAAUCCCAAAAGAUGUGCUCAUGAACAGAGAGCUGGGUGCAUGGAGUGCAGCGAGGGGUGGAGCUAUCGGCGUUCUUGCGGGCUCCUGUGCUUCCCUUUAUUACUCCAAGAGCUAUAUGUAUGCUCAAUGUCGCCAGAUUCCGAUGCUCCACGGUUAUACCAAGGCUUUUAGUGAUGCUGAUUGGGCAGGGGAUCCUAAUGAUAGAAGGUCCACCACUGGUUUGAUGGUUUUCCUAGGCAACAAACCCAUUUCUUGGUCCUCUAAGAAGCAACAGACAGUGUCAAAGUCCUCUACUGAAGUUGAAUAUAAGGCAUAG